AUGCAUUUCUCUACAAUCGUUUCUACAGCGGCGUUUGCUGCCCCGGCACUAGCUGGCUACGUGCUUCAGGAUGACUACAUGACCGACUUUUACGGGCAUUUCAACUUCUUCAACCAGGGGGAUCCGACGCACGGGUUCGUCAAGUAUGUGGAUGAGGCGACUGCGCGGUCGUCGGGUUUGAUUGAUGCUUCAGGACCGCCGGUACCUGUCAAGUGGGGUGUGGACACUGUCAACAAGGACCCAGAGGGUAGGGCUAGUGUCAGGCUUGAGAGCAAGACUGCGUACAACAAGGGUCUUGUUGUUAUUGACCUCGAGCACAUGCCUUUUGGCUGUGGUACAUGGCCCGCCUUCUGGAUGUUCGGACCGAACUGGCCGUAUCAGGGUGAGAUCGAUAUCCUCGAGGGAGUACACGAGCAGGAUACCAACGCCCUCACGCUCCACACCAGCACUGGCUGCUCUGUCGGUUCCGACACAAGCCUCUUCUCCGGCUCUGUCGAGACCCAGAACUGCGACGUCAAGGCUGAAGGCCAGCCCGACAACGCCGGCUGCUCCAUCAAGUCCAAGGAUAACAAGUCGUACGGCGCUGGUCUCAAUGAUAACGGCGGCGGUGUCUACGCCACAGAGUGGACCAGCGACGCUAUCAGCAUCUGGUUCUUCCCGCGCGAUUCUGUCCCCGAGGGCGUCACCGGCGACAACCCCGAUCCCAGUACCUGGGGCACUCCCUCUGCCAAGUGGGUCAAGGACUCGUGCGACAUCGACGGCAUCUUCAAGGACCUGAACAUUAUCUUCGACACCACCUUCUGCGGUGACUGGGCCGGAAACACGUGGUCCUCCAGCUCGUGCGCCUCAAAGGCCCCAACCUGCAACGAUUACGUCCGCGACAACCCGGAUGCCUUCACCAACGCUUUCUGGACCGUCAACGCCCUCAAGGUCUACCAGCAAGGCGAUGCUCCUGCCGCUGCCCCCGUUGAGUCGCAGACCCCAGUCGAGGUGCAGCCGUCGCCCACGGAUGCUCCCGUCGAGCAGCCUUCCGCGACCGAUGCGCCCAUCGAGUCUGCACCUGUUUCCGAGCCUACCGGCCCCAUCGACUCCUCUCCCCCAAUCAUCGAGCAGAGCUCCACCGCCGCUGACAUUCCCCUCGCGACCGACGCUCCCGUCCAGCAGAACCCCGACGGCACACUGAACAUCCCGCUUGGCCCCUGGGGCAGCAACGGCGAGGGCGGCGGCAACAAUGGCGCCGAGGACACCCCAGGUGCUGAGACUGCGCCCUCGCCCGCUGCACCCAUCUCUACGCCCGCCGUGGAGACAUCUGCCUCCAUUCUCCCGGCGCCAGGAAACGGCGGCGGCUUCAACUGGCCCGGCGCAGCGCAGGGCACUGGCGCGCCUUCAUCUGGUCUCGCACCCGUCCCCUCGUUCCCAGCGGGCAACCAGACCGGAUACCCUGUCCUCCCCACCGGCACGGGCAGCGGCGACAUCGCCGAGGUCUGGGAGACAAUCUAUACGACGCAGGUAGUCACCGUGCCUGGCGUCGGACCCGCGCCGACGGACGCACCCGCCGGAGACGGCUCGGAGCCGAUUGCGACAGUGCAGCAGACUGUGCUGCAGACUGUGUAUGUUACCGUGAACGGGCCUGGAGCGCAGGCGAGUGCGCCGGCGGCGCGGAUGGCGCGGAUGGCGAGGCGCGAGAGGGAGAUUCGGAAGCGGAUGGUGCAGCACAACAGAGCAUAG